CGUUCGACAUGCACCUUGUGUUUUUGCUGUAAAUCUCCUCAUAUCUGUUAUGUCAAAGCCGUAAAAACUUGUUGCAAAAACACAAGAAACUUUUUACAUAAGUAGACAACUAGAGUGAGUGAGAGAAAUGGCCAUGGAAGCUAGUUCUGAGCCUCAGCAACAUUCUCACUACCAUCACCGAAGCCAGGUAACUUCAGCAGUAGCUAUCUCUAACACCAUGUCAAAUAGCUUCCUAGCUUCUCACCACUACAAUGGAGAUUUUCUUUCUGUAAUGCCACUCAAGUCUGAUGGGUCUCUUUGUAUCAUGGAUUCAAUCAACACAUCACAACCUCAAGAAAUAUUGCCAAAUAUCUCACCAAAACUAGAGGAUUUUCUUGGUGGUGCAACUCAUGGAAAAGAAACCACAGCGCUAAGCUUAGACAGCAUAUAUUACAAUCAAAAUGCUGAGGUUGGUUCAGAGAGACAACAUUCUUUGAAUCUUUUUAAGCAACAAGAGCAACAACAACAUAUUCUUUUUCAUUCUGAGCGAUAUUAUUCUGGAAUGUUUCAAUAUCCUGCUGAGGAUCCCAACAAGGAGUCUCAUAUUGCAAGCUAUUGUUCUGAAAUAAGACAAGAUAUGGAGCAGCGGAUCAAUGGGUGUUGCUUUGGGGGGAUGAAUUGCCAAGACUUGAAGCCACUUAGCUUGUCCAUGAGUCCUGGUUCUCAGUCUAGUUGUGUUACUACUCCAAGUCAAAUUUCUCAACCUGGACCAUCUACCAUGGAAAUAAAGAAAAGGGCUCUGGCCAGUCAGAAGCAGCCGGUCCAUCGGAAGUCGAUAGACACAUUCGGACAAAGAACUUCACAGUACAGAGGUGUUACUAGGCAUAGAUGGACUGGUAGAUACGAGGCUCAUUUGUGGGAUAAUAGUUGUAAGAAGGAAGGUCAAACCAGGAAAGGAAGACAAGUUUAUCUCGGUGGCUAUGAUAUGGAGGAGAAAGCAGCAAGAGCUUAUGAUCUUGCAGCUCUCAAGUACUGGGGAUCCUCUACACAUUUAAACUUCCCGUUAAAGAACUAUGAACUUGAAAUUGAAGAAAUGAAGAACAUGAACCGCCAAGAAUAUGUGGCACACCUGAGAAGGAAAAGCAGUGGAUUCUCCAGGGGAGCUUCUAUAUACAGAGGUGUAACUAGACAUCAUCAGCAUGGGAGAUGGCAAGCUCGGAUCGGGAGAGUCGCUGGAAAUAAAGACCUGUAUCUUGGCACAUUUGGCACACAAGAGGAAGCUGCAGAAGCCUAUGAUAUAGCAGCUAUCAAGUUUCGUGGUGCAAAUGCUGUUACAAACUUCGACACGUCAAGGUACGAUGUAGAAAGGAUCAUAGCAAGCAGUAGCCUCCUUUCGGGAGAUUUUGCGAGGCGAAAAAAAGAACACAAACCAACCAACUCCAUCGAACAUAAAGAACCAAAACAGAACGUGACACAAACUGACGAGGGGUCGGAGAUAUCCAACAACUUAGAUUGGAGGGCGGUAUUCCACGACAACCUGCUACUGGAUCCAAGCGCAAGUGUCGAAUCCAUAGACCAAAAGUCCAUGAACUCAAGUGGAUACAUGAAUCAUGUAAUAGGAGUGGUCGAAACCGAAAGCUGUAAUCAAGAAAUUGUGAAUGAUUCAAAAAAGUACAAAGCUCGCUUCUCCAAUGCUUCCUCUGUGGUGAGCAGCCUGAGCAGCUCAAGGGAAACAAGUCCUGAUAAGUCAAAUGGCUCAUCCUCAGUAUUAUUUGCAAAAUCCCCAUUUGGAAACAAUGGAAGUAAUUGGCUUCCAUCACCCCAAAUGAGGCUUGCUCCUAUUUCUUUGCCUGUUUGGAAUGAUGCAUGAGACAGCUUUUUUCCAUGCCUUUCUUAAAUGUUAGAAACAUGUAAUGAAUUCUAAUCCAAAUCCAAUCGAUUCCAACCUUGUU